AGGAUGGUGGCGGCGGCGGGGGCCAGCCUCGCUCACUCCCGUCCUUCUCCCUUCCUCUCCCCAACAGCUAAGAAGAAGAACAAGAAGGGCAAGACCCUCACUCUGACGGACUUUCUGGCAGAGGAUGGUGGCGGCGGCGGGGGCCCGACCUAUAUCCCCAAACCCGUCAGCUGGGCCGACGAGACAGAUGACCUGGAAGGAGACGUUUCUACCACUUGGCACAGUAACGAUGACGACGUGUACCGGGCCCCUCCGAUCGACCGCUCCCUCCUGCCCACCGCCCCGCGGGCUGCUCGGGAACCCAACAUAGACAGAAGCCGCCUCCCGAAAUCCCCUCCCUACACCGCCUUUUUGGGAAACCUGCCCUAUGACGUGACAGAGGAAUCCAUCAAGGACUUCUUCAGAGGACUCAACAUAAGUGCUGUACGUUUGCCGCGGGAGCCUACCAAUCCGGAGAGGUUGAAAGGUUUUGGUUAUGCUGAGUUUGAAGACAUAGACUCCUUGUUCCAGGCUCUGAGCCUCAAUGAAGAGUCCCUAGGGAACAGAAGAAUACGAGUGGAUGUUGCUGAUCAAGCUCAGGAUAAAGAUCGGGACGAUCGUUGCUUUGGCAGAGACCGGGAUCGCUUCCGUGACUCAGAGAGGUUCGAGAGCGACUGGAGGGCCCGUCCUGCCACCAUCGAUAGCUUUGAUGAUUACCCACCCCGCAGGGGCGACGACAGCUUCGGAGACAGGUAUCGGGACCGCUACGACGAUCGGUAUCGUGAUGGUCCGCGGAGGGAUAUGGACCGUGGCUUUGGGGGCAGGGAUCGCUACGAUGACCGCAGCAGAGACUACGACCGAGGCUACGAUUCCAGGAUAGGCAGCGGCAGGAGGGCCUUUGGCAGCGGCUAUCGCCGGGAUAAAAAAGAUGAUGACUGCCGAGGGUGCAGUGACCGCUACGAAGACCGCUAUGAGCGGCGGGAUGACCGGAUGGAUAGGUGGAACUCCCGGGAUGACUACAGCCGGGAUGAUUUCCGCCGUGAGGACAGAGGUCCCACUCAGAGGCCGAAGCUGAACCUGAAGCCCAGGAGCACACCCAAGGAGGAGGAGACCUCCGUGGCCCCUGCGCCCCAGUCCAGCCGGGCUGCAUCCAUCUUUGGGGGGGCCAAACCGGUGGACACAGCUGCCAGGGAGCGGGAGAGUGAAAAGUCCUUGGAGAACGAGACGUUCACCAAAGAGGACGACGCACCUUCUCCCACCUCCAAGCCGAAGGAGGAGAAGCAGCCCCUGAAGCAGCAGCCAGACGGCACCGAGCCCACCCUUGGAAGACGGGGCGCCCCUGAAGAACGCCCACAGGAGAG